GCAGCGCAAAUUACGCUCGCUCGCGCUUUCAUCAUCCACGCACGCUGCUGCAAACGCGCAGUGCUGCUGUCUCUAAGCGAAAUCGUCGUAACUCUACAUGAACACACAACGACGAUGCUGUGCACACUUUAUAGUCUGCUGCUGCUCCUGCAAUGAUAAAUAGUACGAGUUUAAGCAGUGAUGAUCAUCUCGUGUUUAUAUCUAUACGUGUGUACGCUUAAUCUGACUGUCCUCUUCUAAUACAUAUCCGCGAUUGUAAGUCACUGUGAUUAUGCGACUGAUCUGUCAGUAAUUUCUCGGUAUGUAUCUAUAGUACGCGCCAGUCACUCCGUUCUUGGGACCAAAUAACGUCGACGCCGAUUACAGCCUCACCACAUCCAAGUGUACACGUUAUUAUACUCGACUGACAGUACGUGGCAGCGAAUUGUGUCAGUGUCAAACUCAUAUAAUACACGAACGUAUUUUCGAUAACACUUUUAUCGUGCAUAUAGGCGGUGGUACGCGCGGAUCAAAUCUUUUCUCUCUUUUUUUUUCGAAUUGCAACGUUACAACGAAAUCGACGACUUGAAAAAAAGUUAGUGGAAGGCUUAGUGUGAUUAAUAGAUAAAAUGGCCAGUAACAACUAUCUGAGUGAUCCUAAAAACCCAUUUUUCUCUUUGGAAGAUGAUGUAGACGAUGAAACUUUCUUGAGAAGUGCUCCACCUCGUAAGAACCCUACCUCUCCAGGGUAUAGCAGUAACUAUGAAAAUUACAAUAAUGACUUGGAACGCAGACACCAAGAACUUCUUCAACGAAAGAGAGAGAUUGAAGAAAGAACUAUACAGUCAUCUCAGAGGUCUAUAUCUGUAUUGAGAGAUUCUGAAGAAGUUGGAAUUCUCACUGCAGAGGAACUUGUCAGGCAGCGCGAGCAAUUAGAACGUACUGACAGACGUUUAGAUGAUAUAAACAAUACUCUACGUUUCAGUCAGAAACAUAUUCAAGGUAUAAAAAGUGUCUUUGGGGGGCUGAAAAAUUAUUUCAGUGGAAGCAAAUCAAUGGAUUUUGCUCCUGGUUCAAGUGCAAGUGGAAUCAAAUCUCCAGAAUCUCCAAUGUCUCCAACUUCAUCUAGUUCUUUAGAAGCUAAACUUAAUACUAAUGCGGAUCAUGCCAGAAGAAACUCAGAACACCCUUCAUUUCGUUUGCAAGGUUUGAACGAAGAUGAAGAAUUUAAUCCAACUGUUGCCAAAAAUAUAGCUGCUGUAUUAGAAAAGAACUUAGAUGAAAUGAGUGGCUCUAUUCAAAGGUUAAAAGGUUUAGCUCUAGGUUUAUCAGAAGAAAUUGAAACUCAAAAUGAUAUAAUAGAUAACAUUACAGAAAAAGCUGAAAAAGCUGAUAUAACUUUACAAAGACAGAACAAAGAUAUAAAGCAUUUAUUAAAAAAAUAAAAAAUGACUUAUAUACACUAUAUAAAAUCUAAAGAUGCAUUAGUAUCUAAUGAAUCGCAUGUUCCAGAAGUAUAUAUUUUGUCUUAUUCAAUGAAAUUUAUAAAAGUUACACAUUAUAAAUUGCACAUCAAACUAUAAUAAUUUAUUUUUAAAUUUCGAUUUUAUGAGAUUCAAUCUAUGCAAAUAUAUUUAAAACUUUUGUAAAUUUUUAAAGUCUAAUUGGAAGAACUGAUAUGAUUUUGAGGUAAUUAAUACUAUUCAGUAAUAAUUUUUUUUAAAAAAUGACAUGUAAUGACAUUUAAUUUCUAUUUAAUUUUAAGCAAUUUUAAUUAUAAUUAUUUCAUGAAAGAGUUUCUAUUGAUAACGGUGUACAUAAUUUAUAGAAUAAUUUACAGCACUUUAUAUGCUUAAGGUUUAUUAACCAAGGCACAAGAGAUCAGACUGAAAAUAAAUAUUGUUUUUGUACGUCUGUCAUUAUGGUUUGGUGUCCAUACGUCCUAUGAACUUGUUAAUGAAUUUAAAUAUCAUGUAAAAUGUCUGAAUAAAUUGUAAUUAUUUAAUUAGAAAGAUGAGCAGUUUCACUAAUGGCUUGAUUUUGUUGUAAGUUUGAAAAAUUCUCUAUAACUGGUUAGAGUUGAUAUUGCUAUAGAUUCAUCUAAACUCUUGAGAGUUUAAUAAUUAGUAAAAUAAAAUAUUUUAAAUUGGAUGAUCAAAUUAUUGUAAAUUGUUGAAGAUAUUCAUAUAACCAGUCUGUUUGAAAUAAAUACAGCAUGAUAAAUUUUUUGCAAAACUUAAUCAGACAACUAUGGAAUGUUAGUUUUGGGAUGAUAUUUUAUUACUCGAUCUUUUCGUCUCGAUCCAUGUAUUUAAUAAAAUAUAUAAAUAAUGUAAAAA